AGCGGGGCGGCUCUUGCCAGGAAGACGCGUGGGCUUCAUCUUAACGCGUCAUGGCCAUAGUGGAAGGGUUUUGUGGAAAGCAACGAUGGCACCGUGUCACAGGCUGGGUUUAAAAUGUUGAUAACAUUAUGUUACAUGUACCUGUGGAUACGUUUCCACAAAUGCUAUUCACUGCUUAUUCGCAACAGACUUUAUACGCUGAACAGCAAGAGGAGCCUGAGUUUCAUUCGCAGUUCCCGUUCGUCCUCAGUAACUGUCCUGGCAACAAAAGUUGCUCAAGCUCCGUGCCAGUACUCGGCCGAGGACGACAUCUUUUUGCAGCUGGGGGACAAGUCAGUCACUGUAACGGAACUUCAGGCAUGUGAUGACAUCAUCAAAUGGAAUCUUUUAUCGGAGUCCGCCAUUGUUUGCAAUCCACAAAAAGACAUUUCAUUCAUCAUAGAAGCUGAUGGACACAAUGGUACCUGCAAAACACCAAACAAUGAACUUUUACAGGUGCUGAAGUGGUCUGACUUUUGUCAACCUCUAGCUUGCAGUCCUGGUCAGCCAUUCAGGGCGGUGGCUCGGGCCAGUGUUGAUGAUUUCGGUCGGCUGGCUGUAGCUUUUUUAGAAGAUCGCCUACAACUGGAUAAUGGACUUGCGCCCUCAAAGAUUGUCCCAAUUGUCCUCAAUCAAGCCAUUUUUAGUGAGAAGAUUCAAUGCCGUGUGGAGCCCAUAAAUGUAAAGUCAAUACUCUUUGACCACACUCGGGGUGUAAAUGGUCAGCCUUUCUAUUUUCACAUGUUACCACACCUCCAGCGCCCUCAAUGCUUUAAAAGUGAUCUGCUUCUUACCCCUUAUGCAAAGAAGAAAUUUGAAAAAAUAGGACUAUCAGGACCAACUUGUUUCAGCCAGGAUCAAAGCCCUAACUUUGACGAUAAUUUUUUGGGAAAUCAUCACCACAUGGAGAACCAUGGAGAUUCUCUCCAUCUGUCAAGCUGUCAUGAAUGUCGGGAGCUUGAGAAUAGCACAAUCCUCUCUGUCAAAUGUACUUCAGCAGAGAAAGUUUCCCAUAUCCCGGAUGAACACUCACUAUGUCUUGAUUGUGCGUAUAAGACUUCUGAGGACUUUGAACCUAAUGUCAAGAGUAAUGUUUGCAAAAGCAAUGGAUUUGAGUAUAGCAAACUUCCAAAUGUUGUCGUGUACACAAAUGGUAGCAAAGAGCGUUUUCAAGCAGUUCAUCGUGUUUUAACAGAGUGCCUAAACAUGGAAAAGUACGUAAUACAUUGCCUUUUGCCACAGCAAGCCCUGAAUGAACCCUGGAUCGAAAAUACUAGGCUCCUGGUUCUCGCAGAGGAGGAAGUGUUAACCCCUCAGCUCCACACAAAAUUUUUGAACUAUCUGAGCCAUGGUGGAAGAAUCCUAGGGCUCGCUUCCUCCCUUUGCACUGCAGGUAUCUCUCUAGAGAACAGAGAGCAACAACCUAGGCAAGUGCGUAGAUUAAGCUUCACACAAAAGGACAAUACAGGACUUGAACUGAAUGUGCUGGCUACCGGGAAAGUCUUUGUCGGAGAUGUACAGGGACAAGGAAAUUUGGAGCUAUUGGGGGAGCUCAAAGAUCAUCCUCAUCAUCAGAAGCAAAUGGUUAUCAUCAGGGUAACUCACGGAGAGCGUGGGGGGAAAGCUGUCUUGUGUCAGAUCCACCUGGAAAGCACUGCAGUCUUCCAGAACCUGCCAACUGAAGGUUUUGAUGAUGUAAAGGUCAACAAUGCACUACAACAUCAAGUCUUGGCAGAUAUUUUGACUUCUCUUGACCUUAGUUGUCAGCACAACCAAACUCCAGCACAAAGUCGAGUUUACCUUCUGGCCACCUCUCAGGAGGCCAAAGCGAAGUUUCUUCAAUGUUUACACACGCAAGUAAAUGAUAAUGGCCUUGUCAUGAUGUCAAAGGCCUCCCUCAGAAUAGUGCCGAAUACUGAGCUACUAGAUGGUGCUUUUCUGCAUGACUCCUCUCUUUCGCUCUUCACUGACUCUCCUGAGUCCCAGAACUGGGACCAAUUUUGUUUUGAUACCUACUGUAAUAACCUGACAACAGUUCUGCUGGGGCAUACCUUGCUAUAUGCUGAGGUUGUUUCAUCCACCAUGGACCUAGUUGAAGGACUUAAUCUGCAUUUACCAGAAGAUGUUGGUUUAAUAGCCAUCGCUGCUCAACAAAGUCAUGGAAGAGGGCGGGGAAGAAAUUUGUGGCUCAGCCCCCUGGGCUGUGCUAUGUUCACUUUGUGCGUUCAGAUAAAUCUGAGUUCGAGGCUUGGACAGAAGAUUUCCUUUCUACAACACCUGGCUGCUCUUGCUAUAAUUGAAGCUGUGCGCACUCUUCCUGGAUAUGAGGACAUAGACUUGCGGAUAAAGUGGCCCAACGAUAUCUACAACAGCAAACUGAUGAAGCUUGGAGGAGUUCUUGUAACUUCCACUGUCAUGGGUUCAACUUUUCAUCUAUUAAUAGGUUGUGGUUUCAAUGUGAGCAACAGCAAUCCAACAGUGUGCAUCAAUGACCUAAUCCAGCAGUACAACAGUCAGUACAAUUGCAACCUGCAACCCCUGAGCUGUGCACAGCUCAUUGCACGGACAGUCAACUGCCUGGAGCACCUCAUCGACUGCUUUCAACGUGGCGGUCCAGAGGCAGUCCUGCCAAUCUACUACAAGAGAUGGCUUCAUAGCGGAGGUCUGGUGCAUCUUUGGAGCGAGAAUGGACCUGAAGCUGAGGUGGUGGGUCUAGAUGGCAAUGGCUUUCUUCAAGUCUACAAUAUGACCCAGGGUCUUGUUUCAGUGGAGCCAGAUGGAAACUCUUUUGACAUGCUGAAGAACCUGGUGGUCAUCAAGCAACAUUAAGCACAAAAAUCAUCUUGUCCUUGAUAAGAGGAUGCUGUAUUUUUCCUUUUAUCCAAUAUGUAAAUGUUUUUGUAAAUCUGACUUAUUUUGGUCAGUAGUACAUACUGUUUUGCUUUAACAUCAGAUUAAAUUAUUUUGAAUUCACUUUUAUUAAAAAAAGACUAUCCCUGUGUCCUGGUUAACAACUACAGGAAACGUUUGACCUCAUACAAAUA